GCCGAGGCCGAGGCCGAGGCGCUGGGGCUGGCACGGGAGCUGGGCACCCCCACGGCCGCGGCGCUGCUGCGGGGGCUGGCGCGGGUGCGGGGAGCCCCGGCCCCCCAGCCCCUGUCCCUGCUCCUCCUCAGCCUGGCGCGGCCGGGGGGCUCUGCCCGUGCGGAUCCCACCCCGCUCCGGACUCCUGCACCCAGCGCCCAGCCCACGGCACCCUCGGCGGGGAGGGUCCCCAGGGCCCGGCUGUCCCUGUGCCACCGCCUGUCCCGGCGCCGGCGGGAGGACGAGGGUGAAGCUGAGGACGCCUGCAACCCGCCGGGGGAGCAGGAAGCCCACCGGGUGCUGGAGUGGGUGCCGGGCGUCAGCAUCUUCUACAACCUGGGCACCAGCAUCUACUUCGCCUUCCAGGGCUGCGGGGCCGUGGCCUCGUCGCGGGCGCUGGAGGCCACCGAGGACCUGGGCUACGCCGGGCUGGCCGCGCUCACCGGGAGCCUCGGCGGCCCCGUGGCCGUGGGGGUGCAGAUGGGGCUGCAGCCGGGGCUCAAGGCUGGGGUGCGGGCGCUCAUCGGGUACUUCACCUCUGCCGGGGACCCCCCGCCGGUGCCCACCGCCCACAGCGGCUCCGCCAUCAUCGUCUGAAUAAAGGCCACGUGCGGCAGCUGGCGGAGUGUCCCUGUCCCUGUGGGAUCGAUGCAGGGUCACCCUGCCUGGGGCACAGGGACCUCGGUUCCGCGCGGUGGCCUCGCUGAGCCACGUGGUGGCAGCUGCUCUGGCCCUGUCCCUGUCCUGCCCGGCGUUCCAGGCCCUGCGGCUCUGUCCCCACAGUUCUGUCCCCAUGGCCUGUCCCUGUCCCCACAGUUCUGUCCCCAUGGCCUGU